GAAUUAAACUAGUUUUACAUUCAUUGUAGAACAAUUGGAUCUGGUCCAAUAUAUUUGCGGUUUGUUGUGCAACUCGACUAGGACGGACAAGUUCUUUGAACUGGAGAUGACCGUCCAUGACAGCGAACUGGACCAGUAUGGAGUCGUUCACAAUGCCAUGUAUGUUGUUUACAUCCACAAAGCUCGAGAGGAGAUGGCUGCGAGCAUUGGCUUCAGCAUGACCUCCAUAGCAAGCAGCGGCAACGCGAUGGCAGUCUUGGAACUGAACCUCAAGUACUUCAAGCCUCUACUACGAGGUGCCAAGUUCGUUGUCAAGGUGAGGCUCGUCCAGAUAAAGGGCACACGGAUACUCGUCGAUCACAUCAUCGAGACGCUGCCAAACCGUGAGCUUGUUUUGGAAGCGACGGCGACCGUCGUCUGCCUCAACAAGGACUACCGUCCCACCCGCGUCUUCCCGGAGAUGUCGUUCAAGCUGCGGCGCUUCUUCUCGUCCCAGGACGACGAGGGUGGAGACCAGCUUACAAGUUAUAAAGUGUUGUCGUAAAUUUCCUGUGCAUGGUGUUGUAGACACAAGAUGUUCAUCCUUGAACCUGUUAAGAAUUUCUGAACGAUGCUUUAUAGCCUGUAUAAAUUACUCUACCAUAAUAUUCUCAAUAAAAGUUUGGACGACAUCUGGGCAUGAACAGUAAAUUAAAAAAAAUUACAAUAUUCGAACAGAUGUGAAAUUUUUAGGCAUUCAAGAUGCUCAUGUGCGCAAGGUUGGAUGUCUAAAUAUUUCAUAUUUUCUGAAUUUUUACUGUUUUUCUGAAUGUACUGUUCACUGGAUGUAGAAGAGC